ACAAACGAUUUAAAAAUAUCCGCGGUACGGUACGAGUCAGAAUUAUGUGGUUUAUAAUGCAUUAAAAUUUUUUUUAGUAAAUAUCAAAAAUGUGAUAUUCAAAUAAUGUAGAUGUAAAAAAAGGACGGGCUAUGUAAUUGUUUAAUGCCUAUAAAAUUAUAUUAAAAUGUCCCACAGUGAUUUUUAUGAUUCGUCAAAUUCUUUAGAAGAAAAAUGUCUACAUUUAGCUAAUAAAUUAAUCUUGUAUUGCAAAAGACCAUGUCCUCGAGUACAGUGUCUUAGAGAUAUCAACAGUGAUUUAAUAGUAUUGCUGUUUGAAAGCAUUACAAAUCACCCUAUUCAAGAUUUAUUAGUUUGUACAACCAAAGAAGAAGAAGCUCAUAAUGUGCAGGCUGUCAUAGACACUCUAUCUUUGGAUAUUUUGGGAAUAUCUCUGUCCCACAUCACAGGGGAGGAUGUAGUUGCUGGUAAUUUAGUUGCUAUUUGCAAUCUUUUAGAAGUAUUAGAAGGCAUAACGUUGCAUCUGAAAAUAAAGAAAGACAAACUAGGAAGUAGAAGAAGCAGUCUUAAAAGGAAAAUUUGUAGAAAAAAGGCACCCAUCCUAAAAGUAGAAUCAAAAUCUUCUAAACAUUCUUCAAAUGGCAUUUCUGAUGGUGGAAGUGAAGAAACUUCUAUUAGUACUUCUGGUUCUCUUACUCUUUCCACAAAUUCCAAAUUUUCAAUUUCUAGUCCCUCUGAACGAGGAUCAAAGAAAUCAACUAAAACCAGUGUUAAAGAUCACUUUACUCAGGAAAAGGAUUUAACAACUGAUUACCCAAUCAGUAGCGGCUCUGCAUCCUAUUCUUCCCCCUCAAAUGUAACUGACAUUGAAAAAUCUGAAGCAAUUUUUCAAAAGAAUCAUGUAGUUGAAGAAACUGAUCAUAUCACAUAUCCUAAAAAGAUACUGCAACAAUUCAACAGUCAAGUAUCUUCAAAACCUGAAAAUAAACCUCAUUUUCGGAUUGAGAAAGUUGAGCAGGAUAGACAUUUAAAAGAUUACAAAGAAUUAUCUUCUAAGCCUGGAUAUUUGAAAAGGAAAAUUUCUAAAUGUCCACAUGAAAAAAGAACACAGCAGUCUGUAGAAAAAGAACAAGAGGUAGAGGAAUUAUUUGAAAGAAAUCUAGAAAAGAAGGUCAGAGUUCUUUUAGAAAAGAAUAGUUCCUAUUAUCCUCAAGCUUCUAGAUUAAAAAGACUGCAGCUUCAAAGGUUACAAAAACCCAUUAGGAAAGCAGCAUUCACUCCCUGCAAAAAAUCUUUUCUCCUACCUCACUCAUUAAGACGUCGUUCUAUAAGAAAAACAUCUUUCAAACGGACAAGUGGUCAUAAAAAUCCUAUUUCUCAUACUCAUCAGAGACAAGAAGGAAAUGAAAUGGAAGGGAGUAUUCCAACUGGGUUUAUUCAAGAGCUUUUUGAAGAAUUUCCUGGUCUUAAACUACCUCCUCAAAUUAUUAAUCAUAUAAGAAAAAAAUAUCAACAGCAUCUUUUGAAGUUACAUAAGCAAGUGAAAAGCUGUCUUUUAAAGAAACCAAAAUCUCAGUUACAGGCAGAAGAAGCUGCAAAACGUCAAGCCCUUCUAUCUGAGCUAUUAAAGAAAAAUAUCCUCGAAGAGCAGCAUUUGAGAGAAUUAAGAGAUAACAGAAAGUAUGAAAAUAAAAUAAAAUAUCGUUUAAGAGAUGCAAGAUUGCAGUCUGCUAAGAUGAAACAAUAUUGUGACGAAUUUCAUACAGAAAUGAGAAAGAAAAUGCAGAAAAGAAAUUUUACAGAAGAACAGAUUCUUGAGAAAAUUUUUAUGGAUGCUUUGAAUAUACAGAAAGAGCAAGUUAAUUAUUUGUGUGAAGAAGUAAAAGAAGCAGAGGAAAAUGAUGCAAAGCAACAUUUAGCAUAUCUUGAUGCAUUAGAAAAUCUAUAUCAAACACAAUUUGCAAUGCUUUCUGAGGCAAUAUCAACUGAAAAGAAAGACAAGGAAGUGCAAGUAAAGGCUCAAGAACAAGUAAUAAGAUCGAUGCAGAGGGAAUUUCAAGAUGAAUUAAAAAAAGAAAUUCGAUUCAUGCAAAAAGUUAUUUUAGAGUGUACAGAAGAUACUCACUUUAGAGAGAUGGAUGCAGAGUUAUAUAAAGAAAAGCUGAGGAGAAGAUAUUUCAGAUAAAGUUAUAUGUGUAUAAAAUGUGAAUUCAAGAUUAUAAUUUAAAAUUUUAUUUGCAUUGUAAUAAAUUACAUUUCAUUUGUA